AUGAGUCGGUCGGUGCGGCGUCUGCCCCCAGCGGUAGACGCCGCUCUGGCAAGGGCAAGGGGGGCAAGGGAGUGGGUGGAGCUAGAGGAGGCAGUGGCGGAGGAGGUGGGGGUGGCGGGGGGAGUGGGGGUGGCGGUGGAGGUGGUGGCGGGAGUGGAGGUACUGGUGGAGGCGGUGGAGGCGGAGGUGGCGGCGGAGGCGGUAGCGGAGGAGGCGGGGGCGAGGGUACCAGUGGGGGCGGUGGCGGUGGAGACGGGGGCGGUGGUGGAGGCGGGAGUGGCGGUGGCGGCGGGGGUCGGAGUGGCUCGUCCCAGCGGAGCGGCUCUGGGGGUGGUCAGCGCCAGCAGCAGCAGCAGCAGCAGCAGCAGCGCUCUCGCACCGUCCCCGCCCCUCAGCAGCUCCGUGUGUCCCAGGUAG